CUGGAAAAGUGCGGAGGCCCCGCCCCGCCCCGGCCGCACACCGACGCCCGGGGGCUAAGGGCACCCUGCCUCUUUAAACCUAGGAGGCUCGCAGGGGGUGGGGCCGGCGUUGCCGGGGAGACGGACGGACGCACAGCAGCGCCUGCGCCGAGGGACUCGGCGACGGCCUCCGCGCGAGCCGCAGCCCCGCUUCCCUCCCGGGAUGGCCAGCCUGCCCGCGCGGCGCAGCCUCGGAGAGCCCGAGGAGGACAAGGGGGAGGAGAUGGAGGACGAGAUGGAGGAGGACGAGCUGGAAGACGAGGAGGAGGAGGAGGAGCUGGAGGAGGAGGACGAGGACGAGGAGGAGGAGCUGGAGCGGAGCGGGGAGGGGAAGAAGGCCGAGAGGGCGCCCGUGGAGGCGAGGAGAGCGGGGAAGCCGCCGGCGGACGAGGCGGAGGGCGCGGUGACGUUCCGCGAUGAAGACCUCUGGACGAUCUUUGACCUCGGCGACCAGGAGGACGACGAGCCGGACGAGGCGGGGCUGCUGCAGCCCCGGCCCCGCCUGAUCAGCGUGGCCAGCCCCAGCCUGAGCCCGACGCCGCCCUACCAGUCCUCGAGCCUCUCGUGGAUCUCGUCGCGCUCCGAGUCCCCGCAGACCCACGUCUCCUCCCGGCCGAGUUUUCCUAAAAUAUUUCAGACAUUUAGAGAAGACAUGUCUGAAGUAAAAGUAGAUAGAGAUAUAUAUGCAACUUUGUAUCCAGGAAUUCCAAUAUCAGUACAAACCGAAGAAAGUUGGCUUCAAGAUUUGUGUGAUAAAAAAAAUCACAGAAACAAAAUAUUCUCUCAAGUCAAGGACGAUAAACCUGAAUGCCUGGCUUCAAAGCUAAGAGAAAAAUGGGUAAUUAAUCCAGAAGAGACCAAACUGAGUAUUUUAUGUGAGCUGGAGUUUAAAGAUGACUUCAUAACACUGUUUGAGCCUUCCCUAAGGACACUACCCAGCGUUGGGCCCCCGACCAUUCUGGCCUACAGAGAAGAGCAGUUCGACUUAGACAUUAACUUCAAGGAUGAAGAGGAGGAGCUAUCACCCACAUGUGAAUUUUGUGGAAGCAGUCUCCAGGCAUUUCUUUCUAGUGUGGAUUCCAUUUACUCUGAAACAGAAGUACAUACUUCCUGUUGUCCUCAGUUCCAAAAUCUGAUUGACUACAUCUGUGAAGAAAAACAAAAAGUCAAAAGCGCAAAGCCUGAAUUAAUCAGUAUUAAGCCUCAUGAGGCCCAUGGGAACGAAAUUGAUAGAAUCAAGGCAAAAGAAAAAGCCCUGCGGAGAAAACAGGAGCGACAAAUUGCCAGGCACUUUCCUACAGUACGAAGUGAACAGACAAAUUUUCCUGCAGAUGUAAAGAAUUCGAGAACUAUUUCUUAUCAACUUGCGGUGGAUAUUCCAGAAAAAAAGCCAUCUUGUAAAGAACCGUUCUAUUUCCAACUAAUAAAGAGUAACACCUCCAUUGUUUGCUGUGAUUCGAUGAAAGCAGGUGGAAAGAUUGUGAGGAAUGAGCUCUUUGAGAAGCAUUACAAGAAUGGAAUCAAGUUUCUGACUUCAUUUCCAGACGGGACAACACAAAUAUUCUAUCCAUCCGGAAAUCUAGCCAUCAUCCAGGUGCCCAACAAGGUAAAUGGUUUUGUUUGCAUUGUCCAGGAAGACACAGCCACCAACCCUGCCAUCCUGGCAGUUCUAGAUUCCUCUGGCCGAAGUUUCUGCUACCAUCCCAAUGGCAAUGUCUGGGUAUACAUCAACAUCAUGGGAGGUCAGUAUUCAGAUCAAGCUGGCAACAGAGUAAGAGCUUGGACUUGGUCGAGUUCUUCACCCCUUGUUUCCUUUAAACCCAUCUUCCUGGCUUUGAACCAUAAUAUUGGGAUUCGUAUCUUAGAGCAAGACAAGAUUUCCAUCACUUUUCUAGCAAUGGGCCAACAAGCAAUGAUCAGGGUUGGAACCAAAGUAAAGGUGCAGCUGACCCACGAGAAGAUCCCGGUCCUGUGGUACCUGAGUGGAGAGGACCUUCUGCUGCUGGCCAGUUUAAUAAAGAUCCGACGCCUGUUUCAUAAGCUAGAAGGAUGCAUGAAUUUUCCCUCAAGUCAGAUUUGGGAAAAAUUAAAGCAGCCUUCCUACCUUUCUUCACUUAGUCUAAAACUAAUUGCCCUCUGUCAGAAUUCUGGUAUAGAGGAAGAUAAACUUACAACAAUUACAGAUAUAGUAAAUGAAAACAUUUAAAAAAGAGUAGUGAUGCCUCCAUUACCAAGGGUUGGUUUCCCUUUUUGUGUGUGUUGGGGGUGGCGGUACAGAUUGGAAAGGUUUUUGAUGUUUGUUUGGGGUUUUUUUUGUUUUGUUUUUUAGUGUUCCAAAUUACAAGGAAGUAUCAAGAAAUACACUAUUUUAUAAACUUAGAACACAUCCUGAGUCAUUACUGACUUGACUUCUUGGUUGGAAAAGUAACUAGUCGCUCACUAGGAAAUGAGCAAAUCAGCAAAGUAUUGGUGUCUAUUGGAGAAGAGAGAGUUGAGAGGGAGCAGAUGCUGGCUGACCUGGCCCCUGGAAGAGCUGGGCAAGUAAAAGCCCCUGCUGGCCAUCAGGAAAGCCAGAAGGCGAAAGAAGUGAAGGAAGCCACAAAGUCACGCUGAUGGCCUUAGCCCCCACAACAGCCACGUGAAGAAUGGCAAGAAAUCUUCCGCAAGUUGCCACCACAGCGCCUAUCACACCGUAGAGCUGCAAAAUGAAAGAAACCAUCACUUGCCCCAAUGCAUUCCUCCUUCUCCUGCCGAAGAGGAACAAAGCCUCCUCCUCCUUAGCUACUUCAGGCAGGCAAAAGAGACACUAAAAGAGACUAAAACAAAGAAGUACAGGGAAAAUCAAAAAGACAGCACUGGUCCUAGCCAGGGAAUUAGGUGUCAUGUGGGGGUGGCGGGAGGAAGGUGAGAGGGCGCCCAACAAAUCAAAGGAACAGUUUCUGGAUAAUCACAGAAUUUCCUCCCCAAAAUAAUGUGACCUUUGAGUGUGCUGACUGAACACAAGAGCCACAAGUGACUCAAAUGACCAUCAGGUCACAAAUGCUCAGAUGGUGAAUAUAUAUAUUCACCCUGGAGGAGCUGCUCACACCACCCUGUUUAGUAAGAAAGUGCCAGAGACAACCCAGGCAAAACCCCAUCUUUGACCACGCACUUAUGAAGGCCAUGGUGAUCUCCAAGAAGAUGGAGUGAAAGGACAAAAAUCACAGGCAACCAGGCAUUGAGAGUGGAGGGAAAGGACCUGGCUUAAUCCCAAGAGAGAGAGGUUCGACAAUGGAGAGCCAAUGCAUGGGACCUGGGAACUGCAGGGGAAUGACAGCCCUGAACAGGGCACUGUCUAGGAUUCUAUCUGUUCUGUGCACCAAUGCUGAACAAUGGUUGGAUGAUGAAUGCUAAAGAAGUGAUACGAAAGGGUAACAUGUUUGCCUUGUAGACAAGUUACCAAGAUGCGCAUUCCUUCAAUACAAAUUUAGCACAUGCAAA